AAGUUAGUUGUCAAAAGUUUCCGAAUUCGGAAAACGAAUUCCCGAAUCCGAAAAUAUAGAUGACAUAAAAGAAAACGAAAAUUAUGAAAGUUUGUUGUUCAUCACCUUUUUAAAAUGGAUAGCAAAGAAGGAGGCAUCUUCUACAACAUAAAGUCGUUAUUGCAGCAAGAUUACCGCGGGGUAAAUAUAGCGGUCUACGCUCUUGCUACUGCGGGCCUAGCCGUAUCCAUACAUAAGAUCCGACCGGUUAGCAAGUUUUCAAAGGCGGGUAAAAUCCCUGAUCAUUUCCUGAGGAACCAUGAGCCGUUAAACGGUGUGUACGCUGGUGUGCAGCAUUCUCCAGUACGCCUACUAGUCAACCACAAAGCCCCAAUAUAUCUACCACUAUGGCAUUCCAGCAAACCGCCUUUACCAGUCAAGUUAUGGGGAGUUGAAAUAGUGAGUGGGAAUGCUGUCAGUUGGUUGGAGUGUGUAGCAAAAGGUCAGAAGUUGACUCUGAAGCCGAUUGCUAGAGAUAAAGAUGAUCUUGUCUCUACUGUGCUGCUCCACCUACCACAAGCAAAGACAAAAACUGUUGAGACUCUUGAUGUUGGACAGAAGCUUGUAGAACUUGGCUUUGCCAAAGCUACAGUGCCUGAGAAGGUGAAGAAGAACAGCAUAGAGUCACAACUGGUACCCGUCCUGCUAUCUGCUGAAGCCAAAGCCAAGAGCUACAGGAAUGGCAUCUGGUCUGACCAGCUGCCACCUCUCCCAGCCUAUGUGGUCUUCUGGAGGAAAGGCUCACAACUUACAAAAGAAAUGGUCAUUUUGACAGUGAAGAAACUGCUGCAAUUAAUUACUUUUGUCUCCAUAAGUGCCUUAGUAGGAGCCAAGAAUGUUGCCCUAAGACCUUUCAGAAGCAAUCCUAAGCAAGUCCAAACUACAUGAAAGCAUUUAUUUAUUAGUGGUUGAUACUUAAAAAUUCUAGUAAAGAGAUACACCAUUUUAAUUAUCUAAAUCAUAAUUUACUUGGUUAUUCUUUUAUACUAGAAGGAGAUUCUUCCAGUUUUCAAAGUUGCAAAUUAACUCUUUUGUAUAUAUUGUUGGCAAAUAAAUUCUUAUUAGAAAAUGUAA